CCAGGGGUUCACAAACUACGGCCACAAACUAUGGCCAAAUUCCAGCCAUCAUGUAUUUUUGCCCAUGUGAGCUAAGACGGUUUUUAUAUUCUUAACUGGGGUUGGGGAAGAAAAAUCAGAAGAACAGGAAUACUUUGUGGCAUGUAAAAAUUAUGUGAAAUUCACAUUUCAGUGUCCAUAAAUAAAAUUUUAUUGGAAGCCGGCUACACCCAUUCAAUACUAUUUUCUCAGGCUGCCUUCCUGGCUACAACAGCCCAGUUGAGUGGCUGUGGCAGAGAGAUACAGCCCGCAAAGCCCAGAAUAUUUACUCUCUGCUCCUUACAGAAAAGAUUUGACGACUCCUAUACUCCAAGGUAGACUGUUAUCUAUCAAUAGGAGAGGUGUUUAAAAAGUGUUCUGGGAACCGUGCUGUCCCGCGACUGAUCCAGAGUGCCCCUCCAGCCCCCAGCCAUGAGGCUCUUCCUGUCGCUCCCAGUUUUGGUGGUGGUUCUGGCGAUGGUUUUGGAAGGCCCAGCCCCCGCCCAGGCGGCCCCAGAAAUCUCCAGCACUUUGGAGCGCAUCCCGGAUAAACUGAAGGAGUUUGGUAACACCCUGGAGAACAAGGCCCGGGCAGCCAUUGAGAGCAUCAGGCAGAGUGACCUUCCUGCGAAGACCCGGAACUGGUUUUCUGAGACUUUCAACAAAGUGAAGGAGCAGCUAAAAACUACCUUCUCCUGAACACCAGGAGAGCCGUCCCACUCCUCUGGGCUGUGCGCCACGGAAGGAGCUCUGAAGUUUCCCAUGCCCUGGCUCCUGUACCGAGGACUUCAUGAUGCCCAUAUCCACCCCCACCCUCCAAUAAAAAUCCUGUAGAGAAAAAAAAAAAAA